AUGGAGACGAAGGGUUCCGGGAAAUUUCCAGAUGAAGGCUUCGGAAAAUCAGCCUACUUUUGCAACAUCCAGAUAGUCCAGGAGAAUCGGACGUUUCUGCCGCUUCAGGACUUCAACUUCACUAUGGGAGACACUCUGCGGGAUUCUUACACGAUUAAGAAGGCUCACAACCAAGCCUCUGCAGGCGGCAGCGGCAGCGGCAGCGGGAAAGCAGUGGUGACGGCAGCGGUAACAUUACUGCAGCUUGAUGUUCGUUUGGCAGACGCAGCCGCAGACGCAACAAAUUUAUUUUUGUUUGUUUGGAAGUCGCAGCCGCAACUGCAGCCGCAGGAUACAUAA